AUGAAUUCGUCCCAGAGAAUUGUCGUCGCGGCGACACAGAUCACCGGUGCCGGUUUACGAGAUUCGGACGUUUCGGGAUUCUGUUUCCGGGCGGAACGGGCCAUUGAACUAGCCGUGCGGCAGGGUGCGAAUCUGGUGUUACUGCCGGAACUGUGGAACGCUCCCUACUUUUGCCAAUCGCAAGAGGCCAUCCUGAUGGAUUUGGCUGAUCCUGUGGAAAACAACGUUUUGAUCCGAAGAAUGCAACGAUUGGCACAGAUUUACAACGUUGUCUUGCCGGUUUCCAUCUUUGAGCGUAAGAACAAUGCACUCUACAACUCGGUUGUCGUGAUAGAUGCGGAUGGGUCUCUACUCGGUACCUAUCGAAAGUCGCAUAUUCCGGACGGUACCGGUUACCAAGAAAAGUUUUACUUUACCCCCGGCGACACUGGCUUUCGUGUGUUUGACACGAAAGUUGGCAAAGUCGGCGUCGCUAUCUGUUGGGACCAGUGGUUUCCCGAAGCAGCUCGGGCUUUGGCAUUGCAAGGUGCCGACGUCCUGUUGUAUCCCACAGCAAUCGGGAGUGAGCCCCAGGAUCCAACACUGAGCUCGGUCGAUCACUGGCAACGCACCAUGCAAGGCCAUUCGGCCGCUAAUAUGGUACCUGUAGUAGCAUCCAACCGAUUUGGAACCGAAAUUUUGCAACAUCCGGAUGGAACCGAGAAACAACGGAUUCACUUCUACGGAAGGUCGUUUGUUACGAACAAUACUGGUGAGAAAAUUGCGGAAUGUGCGGAUAACAGCGAUCCGGAGGAACCCGUCACUAUUGUAACGGCAGAGAUCGACCCGGAACAGAAUCGUCGCGAUCGUGCCGCGUGGGGGCUUUUCCGCGAUCGGCGACCAGAACUGUAUCAGAUCUUGCUGACUAAGGAUGGGAAUAUGUAG